UGUGCCGUGCAGAGCUUCUAGUAAUGACUGUCAGAGGCACAGAGGAUACUUAGAUGUUUGUGGAGUUUUAAAGAACCAGGCCGCCUUCCCCAUAUCUGUGACUCCUUCUAUGGCUGCCGAUGACUACAACCCUGUCUCCCUCCGACACAAAUCCAAGAAGAAGAGCCGAGGAGGCAAUGGUACAAUGAGCAGAAGACGGAUCUCAGUCAAAGAGCUCGGUCAGCCAGACCACCAGGGCUGGCUGUACAGGAAGAAGGAGAGCAAAGGCUUCCUGGGUAUGAAAUGGAAGAAGUUUUGGUUUGUGCUGAAGAAGACUGCUCUCUACUGGUACACCAACCAGCUGGCAGAAAAAGCUGAAGGCUACAUAGACCUCACAAACUUUAUGGUUGACAGAGCCAUCGAGUGCAAGAAGAAAUAUGCAUUCAAAGCCUGCCACCCGCAAGUUAUGAUGUUUUAUUUUGCUGCCGAGAGCUACGAGGAAAUGAAUUUGUGGGUGAAUAAGCUCGGUCUCGCCUCGAUUCAGUAUGAGCCAGCAGAAGGGAACGCUCCAGCCGAGUGUUACAGUGAAGCCAGUGAUCACGAAGAAGCUGAAACCACAGAGAUACCCCCCCCACCAUACUCCGAACAGACCCUGCGGGACUCUGUGGAUGCCCCCGGCCCACCUGGUAGCACACAUCAGGGGACCCUUCCUCCUCCUUACUCCUCUGCAGCCCCCAGCGAAGCUAACGGUUCGCUCUCCUCACCUGUCAGCACGAUGACAUCUCAGAGCUCCGCCUCCUCACUCACCAAGCAAAGACAGUCCUGGUUGGACUUGGUCUCACAUGCAUCUCCUGCUGCUGCUGGGGAAACCGCAGUAGUGUGCUCAGCCCAGGUCCACUUACAUCAGUGUCCACAGGAGGAGACCGCAGAGGCUGCGAGGCUGGCUACCCGGGACUCCUCGGAAACUGGGUCUAAUGAGGAAGUAGCUUCAGCAGAAGGGGAGGAACAGAGGGGUGUUACAGGGAUGCAAAAUGAAGGCAAGCAUGAGAACAGCUCAGAUGAGAUGGAGAAGCUGUAUAUACAUCUGAAAGAGGCCAGCCUCUCGCCAAUAGGAGAACGUAAACCAUCCACCAAAAAGGAAUUCAGGACCUCCUUCAUAAGGCGCUGCAAAAACCAGGCUGUCAAUGAUAAGCUCCACCUUAUCAGGGCACUCAACAGCACAUUAAAGGCAAAAGAGUCGGACUUGCAGGCAAUAGAACAGAUCCUGUCGGACCGAGAGCUUACCUCACACAAGUUCAGAGAGUGGAAGGAGGCCAACGUGCCUUUGGUGCAGGAGAUCUGCGUCAAACAGGACCAGCAGGUGGCGUCAGAGGCCGCAAAGGCUGAAGCGUCGGUCGUCGCUGCUCCUGUGGUAGAGACCAGUUUAUGAAGACUCUUCAUGACUUUUUAUGGACUCGAAGGACCUCACAGUCACAAACUUUGAAUACACACACACACACACACACACACACACACACUGCUGUCAGUUGUACGUUUGAGACCUCUGUUUAUAUUCAAGAAGUUGGAUGAAUGAACUGUUUUUAGUUCCAUAUGACGAGCGGCACACAUUAAAAUGUGAAAUGUGUCUUAGUAUUACUUCUAAUGUUUAAUUUGUAGGUGUAGCAAAUUUUCCAGCUGUUGGUUUUAAUGUUACGAUUCUGUGAGCCUGUGCAUAAACUGUUUAUUCAGAGUGAUGGAGCGCAUGGAAACGAUGGCUGCAUUGAUCUCUGCGUGGAAACACUCGUGUUUACCUUUUAGCUACUUUGAUUCAUCUGUAGUGAAUUUUAAUGUUUUUAAACUAUUUGCAGUCAGUUAUUGGUGCCGUGCACCAUCAGUGCCUGUUACACGUGUUUUACAGAAGCUUUCUGAAUGGUUUGUGUAUGUUGUUGUUGUUGUUGUUGUUGCCCUAGAAAUACUAAAUGUUUAUGAGGAAGCCUUUCCUGACUGAACACUAGGGCCUCCACUAACAGAAUAAAUGUUGGUCUCAAAUCACAUUUUCUUUUCUAAAAGUCAAAAGUGUCAGAUUGAUGUUACUGUAAUGGGAUUUAGUGCUGAGGCUGAGCAUCGCCUCAUUUUUGUAGGAGAUCCUUUAAUCUUCUACACCAAAACAAACUUUUUUAAAUGAAUUCAGCUACACUGGUUAUUAUUUUAUCCAUUUCUGACCAUGAACAUUAACAGUAUGAGACACAAUUAUAUCUAAAAUGUGAUAGACUUUAUACUAACUGAUAUCUGUACAUACAGUCUGUUGAAGUUAAAUAUGUAGGGGGAUGUAGCAGUAUUAAUUUUCAUGAUUGGGGAUAACUCUCAGGAAAGCUGCCCUAGAACCAUACAACCAAUCCAAGAAGCCCAGUGUGAGUGAGAUGAAUGGAUGCUUAUGAAUUCAUUCAGACAGUUAUUAUGUAACUGCACAGGAAGUCCAGGCACCUGAACAGAAACAGGGGCCUUGAUUUUUGACAGCAUCCACACACAGGCAUUUUUCCCCUCGUGUUUCAUCUGUCCUAAGGUUAAAAAAAAUAUAACUGUAAAUAACUGUAAAUGGAUCAGUGAUGUAAUCUGGUCUAAAAGUGUUUGUUUGUAAACAGGGAAAUAAAGUAUUCCCAGAAGAGUGAA